AUGGCAAAAAAAAAGUUUGGAACAGAUUUGAAUGUCGUGAAGGGACUCGAUUUGAAGAGGUACGCAGGACGCUGGUACGAGAUCGCGUCCCUCCCAACGUCCUUCCAGCCCAAGGACGGCGAGGACACGAGGGCCACGUACACUCUGAAGGAGGAUGGGACUCUGGACGUGUUGAACGAGUCCUGGGUCAAGGGCAAGAGGAUCUUCAUUAAGGGCAACGCGUACAAGGCCGACCCAAGGAGCGAUGAGGCCAAGCUGAAACUGAAAUUAUUUGUGCCUCCAUUCUUCCCCAUCUUCCCUCUGUUCGGUGACUACUGGGUCUUGUACCUUGACACUGAUUAUCAGUAUGCUAUCGUUGGCGAGCCCAGCAGAACGUCUCUCUUUAUACUGAGCAGACAGAGUCGUAUAGAUGAUAAAAUCUAUAAACAGCUGGUUCAGAAGGCUGUUGAUGAAGGAUAUGAUGUAAGCAAGCUCCGCAAGACUCCACAGAGCAAGACUCCGCCGCCGCAAUAA